UCGAAUCUCAAGUUUUCAUUUGCUAUUACUAUCACUUUUCAGAUAUACAUCCUUAUAUACAAGGAGGUUGCUCUUGCUUUAAAGAUCAACAGUGUAUAUAGCAAACGCAGGCUUCUUAGCAUUCAUGAGAAUGUGAGGGUACUUCGUUAUCCUGACCACUUCUCUAGCGGUGUCUAUCUCUGGUCCCACCAUGAAAAACUUGUCAUCGUCGAUCAUCAGGUUUGCUUCAUUGGAGGGUUGGACUUGUGUUUUGGCCGGUACGACACGUUUGAACAUAAAGUAGGAGAUAACCCUUCUGUGACAUGGCCUGGAAAGGACUAUUACAACCCUAGAGAAUCUGAACCAAACACUUGGGAGGAUGCUCUGAAAGAUGAGUUAGACCGAAGAAAAUAUCCACGGAUGCCUUGGCAUGAUGUGCAUUGUGCUUUAUGGGGUCCACCUUGCCGUGAUGUGGCUAGGCAUUUUGUUCAACGCUGGAACUAUGCUAAGAGAAACAAAGCACCAUACGAAGAUUCAAUUCCGCUUCUUAUGCCUCAACAUCACAUGGUUAUACCCCACUACAUGGGAAGGCAAGAGGAGUCGGACAUUGAAUGCAAGAAUGACGAAGACAGCAUUAAAGGGAUUCGAAGAGAGGAUUCAUUUUCUUCUGGAUCAUCUUUGCAGGACAUUCCGUUACUUUUGCCUCAAGAGCCAGUUGAUGAGGAUGGUUCGAGUAGGGGGCAUAAAGCAAAUGGUACUAACAGUAGAAAUGGCCCAUUCUCUUUCCGGAAAUCCAAAAUAGAACCAGUUGUGGGAGAUACUCCUAUGAGGGGCUUUGUAGAUGAUCGUAAUGGGCUACAUCUUCCAGUGGCAAAGCGUGGUUCUAAUUCAAUUGAUUCAGAGUGGUGGGAAACACAAGAACGUGGUUAUCAGGUCGGGUCGCCAGAUGAGAGUGGACAAGUCGGUCCGAGAACUUCAUGCCGCUGUCAGAUUAUACGAAGUGUGAGCCAGUGGUCUGCUGGAACAAGCCAAGUUGAAGAGAGUAUCCAUUCUGCUUACCGUUCUCUCAUUGAUAAAGCUGAGCAUUUUAUCUACAUUGAGAAUCAGUUUUUCAUAUCAGGCCUUUCUGGAGAUGACACGAUAAAGAACCGUGUCUUAGAAGCGUUGUACAAGAGGAUUUUGCGUGCCCAUAACGAAAAGAAAAGUUUCAGAGUUGUUGUUGUUAUACCUCUCCUCCCGGGGUUCCAGGGAGGUAUUGAUGACAGCGGCGCAGCAUCUGUUAGAGCCAUAAUGCAUUGGCAGUAUCGAACCAUGUACAGAGGACAUAAUUCAAUAUUGAACAAUCUUUACAAAACCGUUGGCCCAAAGGCUAAUGAUUAUAUCUCCUUCUACGGCCUUAGGGCGUAUGGUAAACUUUCCGAAGAUGGACCUGUCGCCACUAGUCAGGUGUAUGUUCACAGUAAAAUCAUGAUAAUUGAUGACCGUGCAGCACUGAUUGGAUCUGCCAAUAUCAAUGACCGGAGUUUGCUUGGCUCAAGGGAUUCUGAGAUUGGAGUACUAAUCGAAGACAAAGAAUUGGUAGAUUCGCGCAUGGCUGGAAAGCCAUGGAAGGCUGGGAAAUUUUCUUUAAGCCUUAGGCUCUCUCUUUGGUCAGAACACCUUGGACUUCGUAGUGGAGAGAUUGAUCAGAUAAUUGAUCCCGUUUCUGAUUCAACCUACAAGGAGAUAUGGAUGGCAACUGCAAAGACAAACACGAUGAUAUAUCAGGAUGUCUUCUCUUGUGUACCCAAUGAUCUCAUCCAUUCAAGAAUGGCGUUCAGACAAAGCAUAUCGUAUUGGAAGGAGAAACUGGGACACACAACAAUCGACUUGGGAAUAGCACCGGAGAAGCUGGAGUCUUACCACAAUGGAGACAUCAAGAGAAGCGAUCCAAUGGACAGACUAAAGUCGAUAAAGGGACAUCUAGUCUCUUUCCCUUUAGAUUUCAUGUGCAAAGAAGAUCUAAGACCUUUCUUCAAUGAGAGUGAAUACUACGCAUCCGCUCAAGUCUUUCAUUGAGAUCUCGAAUCUAUUCAGCGACUGUUCUACACGGGAAAAAACUUCAUUGCUAUCUUUAACCAAUUCAUUUCAUAUGUUUAUGGGAAAGAAUUAAAGAUGUCUGUAUAGGGAGGGAUAUGUGUGAUGUUGGAAACAAGAGGGAACUCGGAAGAGAAGCCAUUUUGCUAUGUUUUGGUUGCUCUCUUCCGAGGUAAAGAAAGAACCAAUUCAUUUUCUAUAAGUUAAAUAUUUAGUAUAUUAUACUCGA